UUUCACUCGAAGUAUUCGGAAAGAUGAAGAGCGGUAGCUCACUCGUUCACCUCUUUCUCUUCUUCUUCUGCAUUUCCGUCUGUUCCCUUUCUUCUGCUCAAACUCACAUCCCUCUCCGAUCUUCGAAGCCCCUCCCGUCCCGCCAAUUCGCAGAAAAUCUCAUCAGAAGCCUCAAUCUCAUACCUGGAAUUCCUGAAGUUGAAUCCGAGAUCGAUCCACCUGGCCCUCGCCUCGUCGAGCGGAAGCUUGACCUCGAAAUCCUUGGAGAAAUUGAUUCUGAUGUCUCGGUUGAAGAGCUAGGGCAUCAUGCCGGAUACUACCGCCUUGAAAACACCCAUGCUGCGAGAUUGUUCUAUUUCUUCUUUGAAUCUCGAGGUAGCAGCAACGAUCCUGUUGUUCUAUGGUUGACUGGAGGCCCUGGAUGCAGCAGUGAGUUAGCCCUUUUCUAUGAAAAUGGGCCUUACAAGAUUGCGGAUAACAUGUCUCUCAUCUGGAAUGACUAUGGAUGGGACAAGGCAUCAAACCUCAUAUUCGUUGACCAGCCCACAGGAACUGGAUUUAGUUACAGUACGGAUCUACGUGACAUUCGCUUUGGUGAGAAGGGUGUUAGUAAUGAUGUAUAUGAUUUUUUGCAGGCAUUUUUCAAGGAGCAUCCAAGUUACUCAAAGAACGAUUUCUAUAUCACUGGAGAAUCAUAUGCCGGACACUAUAUUCCUGCUGUUGCUGAGAGAGUUCAUAGGGGGAACAAAGAGAAACUUGGCCUACAUAUAAAUUUAAAGGGUUUUGCCAUUGGUAAUGGGCUAACUGAUCCUGCAAUCCAAUACCAAGCGUACACUGAUUAUGCAUUGGACAUGGGCGUAAUCAAGCAAACUGAUCAUGACAGAAUCAACAAGAUAGUCCCAGUGUGUGAACUCAGCAUAAAACUUUGUGGCUCCAGUACUCUGGCUUGCUUUGCUUCUUUCGUGGUGUGCAACUCCAUUUUCAGCUCUAUUAUGCUUGUAGCUGGAGAUAUGAAUCACUAUGAUAUACGAAAGAAAUGUGAGGGAAGCCUUUGUUAUGAUUUCUCGAAUAUGGAUAAAUUCCUGAACCAAAAGUCAGUGAGGGAAGCUCUGGGUGUUGGGAAAAGGAAAUUUGUGUCAUGUAGCCCUAUUGUAUAUGAAGCCAUGAUCACUGACUGGAUGAAGAAUUUCGAACCAGGAAUUCCUGCUCUGAUUGAAGAUGGCAUCAAAGUGCUUGUGUAUGCCGGUGAAUAUGAUCUCAUAUGCAACUGGUUGGGGAAUUUUAGAUGGGUGAACUCCAUGGAAUGGUCCGGUCAGAAGAAGUUUGCUGUAGCUCCAAUGGAACCAUUCACCGUCGAUGGCAAGGAAGCAGGGCUAUUGAAAUCUUAUGGGUCCCUCAGUUUCCUCAAGGUGCAUGAUGCGGGCCACAUGGUUCCGAUGGACCAACCCAAGGCUGCAUUGAAGAUGCUGAAGAAGUGGACACGAGGAAACCUGAGCGAAGAUGCCUAUCUGUCCAUGGCUACUGACAUGUAGAAAUAGUAAGCUCCAAGCAACUUAUCAUGGCUUGUGAAUAUUAAAUACUGUUCCUGCCACAUAUACCUCACCUAAUUCCCAUCCAUGGCCGCAGAGAAGUUGAAGACUUUUUUUUACACACAUACCCCACCCACACCACACGUCCACUCAAACUUAUGAUCUCAAUGUCAAAACACAGCCAGUCUACCGUUGAGCCAUGGAAUCGGACCAAAGAAGUUGUAGACAUUCAUGGUAUCACUGGUGUUGCAUUUUAAUUGACUGCUAAUCGUAGUUCGAAAACUUGGCUUGACUUGAUGUCCAGCCGGCUUAGGUUGACUCGAA